CGACGGCAGACUGUGACACACCACAGAACGAAGGCCCGAAGGCGGGGUGGAUCCUCUUGUUAUUUGCGCCACAUGAACAGAAAGGGGUCGGGCAUCCCGCAGCCAUCGGGGUCCAGCGGGAUCCCCAGGCGGGCACCGUCGCCCUCUUCGGCGGCGUUUGGCUCCUCGUCAGGCAUUCCUCGGCGAGCACCAUCGCCAGCCAAUGCAGCGUUUUCGUCUGCCGCCGCAGGAAGCAAUGGCGGUGUCGGCGCAGGCGGCGGUAGUAGUGGUAGCAGUGCAGGCGCAGCACCAGCAGGCAUGACGCCCUCGAGGUCUGCAGGUCCCAUGGGUGGCUACAGGCCCUCCUCGCGCGGACCGACAUCCGAUGCGGGCGACGCAUCGUUCCGAAGCAUCAACACGCCCUCCACGGCCAGCCGAUUUGGAUUCGCCAGUGCCAGCGGCAGCGGGCGGCCAAGCGUGGGAAUGGCUGCAUCUCAUGGCCACAAGAGAUCCAGCUCGGCAGCGGGCUUCACCGGCGACGAGUCUUCCCUCGACGGCCCGCCCAAGCGACCGCUGCUGGCAGGCACAAAUGGGGGUGCAACGACGCCCUCGCCCCGCUUCCCGGCCCCAUCGCCAGCGCAGGACCGCGAAAAAUUCGAGGCCGAGCUCGAGAAGCAGCGGCUGCUCGACGAAGCGCGCUACGCACAGCUCGAAAAAGAGAACCGGGGCCUAGCCAGAGAGAUUGAGCGAUUCCAUGGCGAGCGUGCCAAGCUGCUCAAGCAAUGGGACGAGAGCCAGGAGGAGAUCACCGAAGAGCGGGAUGCAUUCAACGAGGACAGAAAGAGGCUUGAGGCCCUCGUCAAGCAGCUCAGCGCGUCAACCGGCGAGAUGCAGCAGAAGCUCGACGCAGCCGAGACCCAGCGCGCCCAGGUAUCCCAGAGCUCGCACAAGCAGACGACUGAGCUUGAGGCAAAGGCGGCCGAGCUUGCGUCUCAGCUGGCCAUGGCGACGGCAGAGGCACAACGGGCCAACGAGAGCCAGCAACGGCUGCAGAGGGAGAUGGAGCAGAGGGAGGCAGAAUGGGCCGAUGAAAAGGCCAGAACGAACUCUUCAACGGCUCAGCAACCCAGCGAGGACUCCAAGAAGCUCACUGAGCAGCUCUCAGGACUAAUGCAACAUGUUCGAAAGCUCGAGGCGGAGAACGGAGGGCUCAAGGCAGACAACAAGCUGCUGAAGGGUCGUGUCGAGAGCAUAGAGACACUCAAGGAACAGAAGCGAGACCUAGAGAACAAGGUUGGCGUUCUCGAUGAGCUGAGGAGGAGGUGUGCAGAGGGUGAGACAAGGAUUGCAAGCCUCGAAAAGGAGCGCGAUGAAUGGACCCAACGGCUCAGCAAUGGCGACCCCUCGUUGGUGGAAUCGACGCAUGCCUCCUACCUAGGCCUGACAAAUGAACUUCCUGCCAUCGAAGCGCCCUCGCCGUUGACUGUGAAGACACUGCCACGCUACAUUUCGCUCUUGCAAGGCGCUGUCUCGGGCUUGUCAAAGCGAUGCGAGGGCUUGAGUGAGCAGCUCUCGUCAGCGCGGAGCCGGUGCGAUGAUUCAGACGACCUCGUCGAGAAGCUGCGCCUGCGCAUCAAGAGCGUCGAGGGACAGCUUGACGACGAACGGCUUGGCCGGCGCAAGGGCGAAAAAACAGCAGAGAACCUGAAACUCGAAGUCGACAGCUACAAGAGACUGCUGGAAACGUACCAGGAGGAAGCGAAGAAUGCGUCCUCGCCUGCCCAGUACGAUGGAGCGACGGCGGAGCGCAUACAGAUGCUCGAUGCGCGUGUUGAGGAGCUCAGGGCAGAGGUCGAGGCAUCAAACAAGGAGCUGGAGCAAAUGCGCGCAAAGUCGCUAGACUCUGCAGGCGGGCUGUCCGCCUCGGAAGCGCGCAAGAUGGAAGAGGAAUUCGAGACGCGAGAGAAGGAGGCCGUCAAAGCGCUUGGGGAGGAGAAAAGGAGAGCAGUCGAGCUUGAACAGGAGUGUACGCGCCUUGGUCAAGAGGUAGACAGUCUCUACCUGCGCGUAGGAAGGGGCGAAUUCGAUCAGUCAAAGCUGCGCUGUCUCGAGAUGACGAACAAUCCAGUUAGUCGAGAUCGCGUCAUUCGGAACACGACGCUCGAUGCGCUCACGAAAGAGAAUGAGGAGCUCGUCAAGCAGCUUGAAGAGGUCAGCAAGCGUGCAACCUCAUCAGCGAGCGAUGGCCAGGGUAGCGAUGGGGCUGCUCCACCAGGACUCGUCCCUGUCCAAACGCUCGAGAACCACAAGGCCGAAUAUCAAAAGCUGGAGCAGGCUAUGAAGGAUCGAGACAAGGCAUUCGCCCGCCUUAAAGAGGCUUUUGGAGCCAAAGCCGCAGAGUACGUGGCGGCCGUCAAGGCGCUAUUCGGGUACGACAUGCACGUCGUAUCACGCGGCAAGGUCAAGCUUCGCUCCGUCUAUGCACGCUCGAGCCGAGGCACAUCGCUGACCUUCAACUCAGAGGAGGGCGAUGUUGGCAAUAUGCGCCUCAUGGGUGAAGCCAGGCAGGGCAUGGCCAAUGUCAACCACCUGAGGAGUUAUUGGCUGGGGGACGCACGGCAGAGCGUGCCCUGCUUCUUGGCGGCAUUGCAACUUGAACUUUAUGAAAGCACCACUCGGGCCAUCAGGACUACCUGGGAGGCUACCGAAGAGUGAUCCUGCGUCCUUAUUGUUGUAGUAGUAGUAGUAGCAGUACCAAUACAGCGG